GUGGCGAGCCGCUAAAGGUCCUUGGGUACCUCCGUGGGCUGCGGCUAUUGGUUAGAAUACCUGUUUGGCAAUUUUUCCAAAAAUGUAAAUACACAGGUGGCUGGAGGCGACAUGGGCUGGAGUGUGGUUUAUGUAAAUAAAACAGAAGUGAAACCGCGCCGCUGUGUUCUGGUUUCCACGCGCAGCAGACUCACUCAAACGCAAUGUUCGACACACAGUCGGAGGGAAGACUUUAGAGCUUAACAAGAGGUGCCAGCUGUGCGGUCAUGCCUGUGCUCAGGGCCUCUGCGGUGCUGCAGAUCGCGCUGCUGCUCUCCGCCGUGCCCGCGCAGUACUUCAUCUCCCGGUGGAGCGGCUCCUCGGCGGCUCAGCGCUACCAUGCGACCACGCGAUUGCUUCGAAUAUGGAGAGAAUGGAGAAAAUCAUACAUGAAUGUAACUGCAUGGUCAGACUGGACAAGCCAGCAGAUGUCCAAAGCCAUGUCUCUGGUUGGAUUGGGACAGGAAGAUCAAGCGGGGCAAGGGUCACCUCCCGUGGAGACCAUGCUUUUUGACAAUGACCUGGGAUUCUUUGGAGCAUCCAAAACGGCGCGCAGCCCUCGUCCCCCGUAUGUGUUUCUGCGGGUCGGAGAGGUGGUGUUGGAGACAAAAGGCCACAUGGUCGGAGUAGUGGUGAGCUGGGACCCUGAACUGCGAGCUCCUCCAGAAUGGGUUGACAGAAUGUACUCCGGCUCUGAUGACACAAGAGCAGAAAAGACACCUCAUUACAAGGUGAUCUUUGGAGGACCUGGACCCUCCUCUGUCAUAGUUGCAUACUUGCCCCAGACACAGCUGGAGCGCAUCACAGGGAUGAGGCCGGACAUUCCCACCCUGGAGAACUACUUCACGCACUUUAAUGGGAAACGCUUUGUUAUGCAGCCCUGGCUCAGAGAGCUCUUCCCAGAAGACGAGGAGGAUGAUGAGGGCGAGGACUUUUGA